AUGUCUCACCAACCCGGACCAAAUCAUGUAUUUGAAUCAGAACAAUUACAUUUAUCUCAGCCUUCCCAGACCUAUCAUAAUCAACAUCAAUGGGUUAUUAUUGAUGAAUCAUCCUCGAUUGCUUCCCCAAAUCAACGAAGCAAUAGACCUUCACCUCCAGUACCAGUCAUUAAGGUACCUUUUCCACCCAUGGUUAAUCCAGAAGAAUUAAUUACAAGACCAAGGAAGGUAAAGUCCAAGGUUCCCACAAAACCACCGAAUGCGUUCAUGAUUUACAGAAUGCAAUACGUUAAAGAGCUUCAUGCUAGAGAUCAUCGUUUGCCUAUGAGAAGUGUUUCUUCUGCCGUGGCGAGUUCUUGGAGAGAAGAACCCGAACAUGUUGUUGAGCAUUACGAAGAAAUCGCAAGAGAAGCAAGUAGGAUUUAUAACCAAAAGUUCCCGAAACCACCUACUCCUCAAAAAGGACCUGUUGCACGCCAUUCUCGACGAAGGACUAUAAGUAUACAAAGUGGCAUACCUAUGACACAUAUCGAUAAUUCUCCAAGACCACACUUUCAUUCUCUUCAUAGAUUUUAUCCAAGUGAUCAUCAUAGUCAUCGAUCUUCUUUAAGCACUAUUGUUCAUGGCCACCACAAUUAUCAUAUGCAUUCUUCAAACCCACAAAAUCAGGCUAUUCCCUCAAUGAUGGAAUCCCAUUAUUCAUCUAACUUUCUCGGUAGACCUUCAAUGCGUCCUCUUAGAUCAUUAUCUACACCGUAUUCAACUACAAACCAUUCGUCAACGACUUCCCCUUUUCAUAUGCCUUCGCUGCCUCAUGUUCAUUCCUUCCAUUAUAUGGACGAUGCCGCAAAUAAUACUUCGGAAUGGGACUUUGCAGCUUCAGCACAUGCUUAA